AUGUUCUCAAUAAUACCAAUAAUGAUAUUUUAUCUUUUACUCGGUGUGCAACCACUAUUCAUACCCAUAACAACAACGAUUGAGGCAGACAAUAUAAAUUCAAUAGCAAUACUGAGUAAUCCGCAAUUACUAUUAAAUGAAAAUGAAAAUUAUAUCAAAAUAACCAAGUCUACUGAUUUGAACCAAUUGUUUAAGAAAUACCCGCAAGGUGAGAUUGUCAAUGAUUUUAACGACGACGCCAGGAUUUUCAUAUUUGACAUUGCUAAUCUUGUAGAAGAUUUACUCCAAUAG